AUGGGCCCAGAUUCUCGUCCUUUCUCUGAGGACCCCACACAGGCCAGGGAGCAGGGCACUGCCUCCCAGGGGUGCAGGCUGCAGCUCCCCUCUCAGGGGCACUGCGUGUCUCUAACACAUGGAUGGGGGAAUGUCUCUACAGUGUGUGGGAAGUCCAAGGUGGUGGGGAAGAUCUAUGGGGGCCAGGAUGCAGCAGCCGGCCAGUGGCCACGGCAGGCCAGCCUGCUCUACAAGGGCUUGCAACUCUGUGGAGCUGUCCUCAUCGACUCCCACGGGCUGGCGUCAAUGGCUCACUGCUUUCUCAACAAGUCCCAGGCUCCGGAGGACUAUCGGGUUCUGUUGGGAAGUGCCCAGCUGUAUCAGCAAACCCAGCACACUCAGAAAAUGUCCUUGAACCGGAUUAUCACCCACCCAGACUCUGAGAAGUUCCGCGCCUUCGGGAGUGACAUUGCCAUGUUGCAGCUGUGCCUGCCUGUGAACUUUACUUCCCACAUUGUCCGUGUCUGCCUCCCAUCCCCAGUGCAGCUGCCUGGGAACGCGUCCUGUCGGAUGACUGGCUGGGGAAUGCUCACCGAGGACAGUGAGGGGGCUGUGGGAGAGGUGGGGGAGGGUAAAGUGGACCUCAUCGAGAACACAUUCUGUAAUACCUUACAAGGGCAAAGAACUAGCAAAGGCAAGACCUAUUCUGUGCAUGAGGAAAUGCUGUGUGCAGGGGACUUCUUGACAGGAAAGUCCAUCUGCCAUUCAGCUGCCCACAGGUGGAGCAAGGAGGCUGCCAAGUGCCAAGGACUGGCGGGCUCAGUCACUGUGUCCCCAGUCCAGCUCCAGUCCAGCCCUGUGCUCCACCUGCUUCUUCUUGCAAAGGCUGUGCUCGGUGAUUCCGGGGGGCUUCUGCUCUGCUAUCUCCCCAGUGCAUGGGUCCUGGUGGGACUGGCCAGCUGGGGCCUGGACUGCCGACAUCCCGUCUACCCCAGCAUCUUCAUCAGAGUAACCUACUUCACCAAUUGGAUUAAGAAAAUCAAGAGGCUCGCCCCUCCUCCUGACCCUGUCCCGGCCUUCCUUUCCCCAAGUCUGCAGGAGCCCAGCCUGCUUCCCACCUCCCCAGCCCCAAUCCUGUGUGAACUUCUCCCUCCUGUCCAAGACCCCAGGCCAAGCCUGUCCUGGGUUUCUGCAUUCUUCCAGCUGUUAGAGCCUGGUGUCACUUUCUCUGCUAAGCUGACCCAGGACCUGGUGGCCCAGAAGUAA